AUGUCCAGUCGCGAGGGUGGUAAGAAGAAGUCUCUGAAGCAGCCCAAGAAGCAAACCAAGGAAACGGAUGAGGAAGGUAUAGCUUUCAAACAAAAACAAAAAGAAGAAGAGAAAAAACUGGAAGAGUUAAAAGCAAGAGCUGCUGGGAAGGGACCACUUGCCAGUGAUGGAAUUAAGAAAUCUGGCAAAAAGUAGAAGUUCCUGUGUAGAUAAUAUGGUGAUUCCUGUUGGUUUCUUUCUUGCUU